GUCCAACUCUAAUAACCCCCCAAAACUAUGUUGUUACAAUGAUACUUCAUUAACUCGUUAAUCGGUGGGAAAAUAUUUUACAUUUUAGGGUCAAACGUUAUUGAUUUGUCACUCAUCUUCCCUCGGAAAAUUUUGCUUAUUUUUGACACAAAUCAAAGGGUGUUUUUCCAAGUUCCAACCUCCCUACCAUUUCUCGGUUUUUCCCCAAAUUGAAGAAUUGAAGAUCAAAUUGAUUUAGGGCAUAUUCAAAGUUUCCCAGAAAUCGAACUAACUCACUCUCCCUGAUAAACUAAUUAUCAGAUCUGGAGAAUUUAUCUGGAAAAGGCAGAGUGAAAGAUGGAUGCAAAAGACAUUCUCGGAAUACCCAAAAACACUUUGCCAUUAUCACAAGAGAAGAAGUCUAAACCUCCCAAAGAACCUCACCGGAAGCCCGAUGGCAUUUCUCGCGAGGUUUACAUGCUUACUGGAGGAGUUCCACCUCUUAUGCCAGCAAUUGAUGUCGCUCAGCUCAAGAAACGUCGACCAACUGAUGAGAAGGUUACUUGGCAAUGGCUUUCGUUCACAAAUUCAGCUCGGAAAGAUAAUUUGGAGCUCUACCACUGGGUCAGAGUUGUAAAUGGUGUGCCUCCAACGGGUGAUUAUCCUUUUGCCAAAUAUAACAAGUCAGUUGAUGUUAUCAAAUACACAGACGAGGAGUACGAGAACUACUUGACAGAUCCUAAAUGGACUAAGGAAGAGACAGACACCUUAUUUGAGCUGUGUGAGAGGUUCGAUCUCCGUUUUGUCUUAAUAGCUGAUAGGUUUCCAUCGCCUCGGACUGUGGAGGAGUUGAAGGAUCGAUAUUAUAGUGUGACUAGAGCUUUACUGAUAGCUAGAGCUCCAUCUCCUGCUGAUGUUUCUGGGCAUCCAUUGAUUAAGGAACCGUACAAUGCAAAACAGGAGACAGAGCGCAAGCGUGCUUUGUCAAUGGUUCUUUCUCAAACAAAACAUCAAGAGCGCAAGGACGCUGAGAUUCUUGCUGAAGCUAAAAGAAUUCAAGAGGCACGUUUGUUGGCUAAGGAAGCAGAGGAGUCAGAGUUACUGGCAACCUCGGAUGUUGGUGCAGAUGCUGAUCGCACUGCUCAUCCUGGUUCUGUAUCACCUAUCUCUGCAGCUCCUGCUGCAGCAGAUAAUGCUGCUACCCUGGCCUCUCUUCGUUCGAUGCGUGUAUACUUGAGGACAUAUGCUCUUGACCAAAUGGUACAGGCUGUUAGCUCUUCUGCUGGCCUUCGAACAAUCAAGCGGGUUGAGCAGACUUUGCAAGAUCUUGGGGUUAAUUUGAAGCCAAAGGUCCCAACAAAAUCUGUAUGUGCCGAGCAUCUUGAAUUGAGAAAGGAGAUUUUAACUUUACUGAAUCUUCAAAAGCAGUUUCAGUACAAGGAGGCAGAGGGUUCUUCUUAUCGUGAGGGAUCAUACACUGACACUCCAGAAACACCUAAGCGUUCCCAACGUGCUGGGGAUCAGGACCGCCCUUUUGUUCCCGAGCCUCUAAGUUUUGGAGGGGAUAGAGUCGGUAAAAGGGAUCAGAAAAGAAAGGGGCCUGGAAGAUCAUCAGAUGCUCCAUCAUCACCAGCGACCAAAAGGGCUCGGAAAUUGAAAGCAGAUGGAUGAUUGCAGCACCAUGCCCUAGAAUUAGGAGCUUUAACUUUCUGAUGGAUGUAGUAGUAUGUCACUCUUUUUUAGUGCCACAAACUCAUUUGUAUCCAUUUUUAGGCUAAAAAUAUUUUGUAUCUUACAUUGAAUAAAUUCAAUCCUUUUGAUACUUAUGUAUAUUAUGCUAUCCACAAUGUGCCAUGCAAUGCUUUUUCCCAACUUAA